CACGACGGGAGCUGCCUCCUCCUCGCAAAAAAUGUGAAUGAAAAAAGAAAACUGUUAACAUUAAAACGUGACACGUUUGCUGUUAAACUUCGUGUUAACGCGUUGGUGUUAUUUGGUGUGGGAUUAACGGGACUGUGUCGUAGUGUCGUAGUGGGCGGUGAACGCGGCUGAUUGAUGAUUAGAUUCACGGUGUGGAUCACGAUGACUCACCCCGGUCUGAUGUGAUGCUCAGCCCGCAACAGUGCAGUGGCACGCCGGUUCGCUCCGCCUGACACGUCGGUGUGCUCCACCAGCGACAGUCUAAACUUCAUCUAUUUGUUAGCGUUAGAUAGGACGUGCCCCCGACACCACAGCCUAUACCUUGUUUGUUUUGAACACUUCAGUGUUUGUCAGUCCCCUGCUGUAGCGUUAUAGACGCAGAGACCGAGCGUCGUGAUUUACCGUACAUUUCGUGACGCCUGAUUUGCCAUGGAAACAGUGCUACUGCGCUGAGAGGAAACUGUCCGCGUGAAGUUCAGCAUCAACCUCUCCAGAGGGGUCGGAUAAACCUGUUGGAUAUCUCACUGGUUUGUUUUUGUUGCUUUUCUUGUGUUGCUACUCUGGUUUUACUUUGCAUUUUGACCAUACAUCAGAUCUCUGUUUCACAGGUGAGGAUGAUGGAGCUUCAAGCGGAGAAGAGGUUCCACAACUUGACCCUCGAGCAAAUCCAAGCUCUGGACGAGGUCUUGACCGAGGUAAUCCCCAUCCACGGACGAGGGAACUUUCCCACGCUGCAGGUGAGAGCGAAGGACAUCAUUCGUGUGGUGAAGGAUCGGCUGAUCGAAAGAGACAUCCAGGUGAAAGACAUACGGCUCAAUGGCGCGACUGCCAGCCACGUCCUGGUGAGAGACAACUGCAUGGGCUAUAGAGACUUGGACAUCAUUUUUGGAGUGGAGCUGCCCAGGCAGGAGGACCUCCAGGUGAUAAAGGAGGUGGUGCUGGGCAGCCUGCGAGACCUCCUCCCUUGUGGAGUUAACAGACGGAAGAUCACCUGCCUGACAAUGAAGGAGGCCUACGUGCAAAAGAUGGUGAAAGUCUUCAAUGAGCACGACCGAUGGAGCCUCAUCUCGCUUUCUAACAACAGAGCUAAAACCGUGGGGCUCCGGUUCAUCAGCUCCUUGCGAAGACAGUUUGAGUUCAGCGUGGACUCCUUCCAGAUAAUAUUAGACCGCGUGCUGGAGUCUUACUGGGAGACCGAACGGAAACAGAGAGAAAAGUUGGCAUUGAGCGCUGGGGAUUUGUCUAAAAGAGACAGUGAGGAUGAAAAAAAAAUGCAAGCAAAACCGAGCAUUCCUCGGGACGUUGAAGCGGAUGUUGGAAAAGACUUGAGCGGUGAAAGUCUAUGCCUGAAUGAAGCAGCUUCUGUGCUUGAGAAAGAUCUUCCACGUGCAAAGAUUGAGCGUGUGGAUGGAAAGCAGGAGGCAGAGGAAGUGUUGGAGCACGAGACCGUCAACUUACAGCGGGAGGACGUGGACGGCAUAGAGGACGUUCAUUCAGAAGAGGACAUUGUGUUUGAGCUAUGUGAAGGCAACGGAGAAGAGAAAGGACAGCUUCGCAGUGAUUACCCUUUAGUCUCAUCUCCUAAAACUUUACUGGCAGUUGUCAGGGAUCCGCCGAUGACGCAUGCAUGUUUAAAGCCACAGAGCGAUGAAGAGCCGUCUGAGUCACAGGCUUCCCAACCAGCAGAAAAGGCAGCUCCACAGGAAAACGUCCAUUGUGCAGAGAUGAUUCAGUUCAAAGUCGACUCUGAAAAUACAUCGAGCGCACAAGAUUCACAUCAUGAAUAUUCCUUUCCUCCUCCAGCGAAGAAGACUUGCAGCACAUCACAGGGCGUUGUACCGGACUAUUGCCCCUCACCAAAAUUACAAAGGAAAAUGUCAAGGAAGAUGAUCAGUCAGCCUGAUAAAUGGUCUUUACUGACUGAUUUAUCCGAUCUUACAACACAGCUGUUUCCACCCAUAGACAUACCCAAACCACUUCAGCCUCCCUCAGUGGACAGCGCUCAAGUUCACGCCUCAAAUGUUCCGGCCUCCGAGCCAGAGACCUUAGACGCCCUAACAGCUCUCGCAUGCCGCCGAGCCGGUACACCUCAGGAUGGGACCGGCUCCAAUGAAUCUGUGGAACAAACCGUUAAGCCAAAACACCCGAAGAAGCCUCCUGAUUCCCAAACACAAAGCCGCACACGUGCAGCAAACGCUCAGCCUCAGAUCAACGAUCAACCAUGGGAGCAGACGGACGCCGUCCCGAACAGGUGCGGGCCAAGCUCAUGGGCCGGGGCAGCAGGGGAGCCCACCAUCACCGUCGAAGCAGAGUGCAUGUACGGAGACUUCGAACAGGCGAUGGACCACCUUCGCCACCGUCUCAUCGCCACACACAACCCGGAGGAGAUCCGAGGCGGGGGCCUGCUCAAAUACAGCGACCUGCUGGUGAGGAACUUCAGGCCGGCGAGCGAGACGGAGAUCAAGUCCUUGGAGCGAUACAUGUGCUCCCGCUUCUUCAUCGACUUCCCCGACGUGAGCGAGCAGCAGCGCAAGAUCGAGGCCUACCUGCAGUGCCAUUUCCUCGGUAACGAGGAGACGAGCAAGUACGACUACCUGAUGACCCUGCGGCGCGUGAUAGACGAGAGCACGGUGUGCUUGAUGGGACACGAGAGGAGGCAGACGCUCAACAUGAUCACGGUCCUGGCUCUGAGGGUGCUGGGCGAGCAGAACGCCAUCCCCAGCACAGCCAACGUCACCUGCUUCUACCAGCCGGCCCCGUACGUGACGGAACCGAUUUACAGCAGCUACUUCAUCACCCAGGCCCAGCCCCCACUCGUCUACCACCCCUACCCGCUACAUGUCCACGUGCAGACCGGCCUGGUGUAGCUACGGUGACAUGCCCGCUGGGAGGCGUGUAGGCUGCUUUCAGCAUGGUGCUCUGCGAGCAGAGGCACAAAUGGAAGUUUUACAAAAACACAACAGGCAACCCACGGGCGCAGUGUUGUUUGAUGCUUCGAAACCCCCUCCUGCUUAUGACAUGAAAGAUCAUGAAAAGGCCAGAACUGAAAGGUUUCUGGAGGCAAAGCAUGUCACCCUUUCAAGAUGAACACUUUAGGAAAGGAAAGAAAUGCGAGGAGCCCGCUUUUCCUGAGAGCUCGGAGAGAGGAUUUCAUUGAAGUGGGUGUACGACCGUGUCCGCUCAGCUUUGGCAGGUCUCUACGCUGGUCAUCAUCCCGUGUGGAGGAGAAAGUUGUCAUGUGACAAUUCUCUAAGGCUUGAAGAUGCACUUCUCCACCAUAAUAACACCUGUUGGCAGCAAAAGUGAUUUGGGUUCAAGUUUGAUUAAUGAUAAAAUGUUAAUGUUUCUGACGGUUAAAAACCUCAUAUAGCUGUUUUUGUGAAUCAUCAGUCUCCGUGGAGUAAAUUUCAGCACGUGAGUAUUCCUGUGUAUUUACUGAGGGCAGACAUUAGACAAACUUUUCUGUGGUCUGUCCAUGUUGUCGUAAGUUUUAUAUUUGUGAAUGUAACAACAACUUAUUUCAAAGAUAGAAACAAGAGAUCCGAGUAGGUACCAUUAGGACUGUAUGAAAAUUAUUAGGGUGGUGGGGGAGGGGACUGAACCUCAGGAAUUUAUUUAUUAAGAGUUUCAUCUUCAUCAGGAUUGUGUGGGUGUGGUUGAAUCUGAUUUAAUUGACAGGGGCCUGGCAUCAUGUGCAAACAACACAGCAACUCUCAACAGAGUUUAAUUUAAAUGUUGCUAAAUUCGGACUGGCUCACAUAAACGAAUAACAAAAACAGAAAUCUCUGAGAAACUGUCCCAAAAAAAAAUCAGACUCCCCUAAUAAUGUUCCUACAGCCCUUUAGAUCAGUGGCAGAUGUUAAGGUGUUAGAGUGUUUAGUCGUGCUUUUGCAUUGUAACAUUUUGGCAUAGUGCGAGAGUUUAUAAACCAGGAGCUGUGGUCAUAUCGCUGAAUUCCCUUUUCAUUUCAUCACAUCCAUUCUUCUAUUCCAUGUCUGAGAAACAUCUGAAGGAUUCACCUCCUGAUGGUAUAACGAAGAAAGCCUUGGCUGUCUUGUUUUUGUUUUUCUGCUGAAAACACAGAGAGCAUGUUGAAUUCUGUUUCCUCCCCCAACUCCAACAGGCUGAAUACUCUUCCUGUAUGUACUACAUGGUGACAGUUGUUUGUUGUAGUGGACCUAUAGUGAAUGUUCUGUAGGUGAACAAAAAUGUUUCUGCACAUUUCAAUUAUUCACUGCAGCCAGCAGGUAUUGCACUCUGUCCCUGUGUGUUUGAUCCAUGUGUAUGCAUAGCUAGUAUAUAUUUAUUAAAACAGACAAUUUAAGCACAGGUUAGGAUAUGUGGGCUGCUCAAACUAAAUUUGAGACUGAAGCACAAGGUGAAUGCACAUAGCUGUUGAGUAAUGAUGGUGUUUCUGACAUGCUUGUGAAUCUCACAACUAACUCUUGAAGACGUUAAAAAAAAAUCCUGUGCGCAGUAGUGCCCUAUGUAGCUUUGAAGUGAUGUAUCUCGAGACUUUGGGUAUGUUGUGUGUCGUUACGGAACUGUUUCACCAGUAGAGAAACUCAAAUAUUCCUGUUCUGAUAUCUAGUUGCUCAGAUUGUUGCGUUACUGUGGUAAUAAAUAUAACAUAACU